CAUCAGUAAAGUAGAUGCAGUAGUGUAAUAAUGUUGUUUUACUCAAUUUUAAUAAUAACUCUAUCUAGUGGAUAUGUAGUUGGUCAGUUUGGGAAUUUUAAACAAGAUUACGGAUAUGUGACUGUCAGGGAAGGUGCUCACAUGUUCUACUGGUUGUUCUACACCACAGCCGAUGUCCAAAACUACGUAGAGAGACCCCUCAUAGUCUGGCUCCAAGGCGGACCCGGGGGAUCUUCCACAGGAAUUGGAAAUUUUGAAAUCUUAGGACCGUUAGACUUGUCCUUACAAGAAAGGAACUACACAUGGGUGAAAAAUUUCAACGUUCUGUUCAUCGACAAUCCUGUGGGCACAGGAUUCAGCUACGUCGACGAUUUAAAGUUUUUGACAGUUACCAACGAAGAAAUAGCUCGUGACUUUGUCCAGCUGAUGCGCGGAUUCUACAAUAAGAAUCCUGAGUUCCAAGGCGUACCCUUAUACAUUUACGGCCAAUCGUAUGGAGGGAAAAUGGCGAUCGACAUGGGCAUAGCCAUGAACGAGGCAGAAAAAGCCGGAACGAUUGGCUCAAACUUAAAAGGCAUUGCAAUGGGCAAUGCUUGGAUAUCCCCAGUUGAUGCUACGCUUACAUGGGGCCCACUGCUCUUAGCAGCAGGUCUGGUGGACGAGUCAGGGUAUAAUGAUAUUCAACGAAACGCCAGAGAGGCUGAACGUCUCUUCAACGAAGGUCGCUACUUUGAAUCGACACUGCAGUGGUCGGCUACACAGUCUGCAGUGUUUCGUGCAACAGGCAAUGUUGAUUUUUACAAUAUUUUGACAAAAAUGCCACGACGUUGGGGGUCUAUAGCUAGCAGUGACUAUGAAUUUUCGAGAGAUAUGAUGAUACGAAAUUCACUUUACAAGCGUACACCAACAAGAGAAGGAGAAUAUGACCUUGACACUUUGAUGAACGAUCUCGUCAAACCUGCUUUGCAAAUUCCUGAGCACGUAAAGUGGAGCGGGUUAUCUACCAAUGUCUUCGACACUUUAAGGGUAGACUUCAUGAAACCUGUUACUGACGGCAUUGAGAAGUUGCUGAACGAAACCGAUAUUAUUGUGACGAAAUACAAUGGGAAUCUUGAUUUAAUUUGUGAUACACCAGGGCAAAUUCUCUGGGUGGAUCGCUUGAAAUGGCCCGGCGCUGAGCAGUACAAGCGAGCGAAACGUAUGCCAAUUUGGGAAGACAAUAAAUUGGAGGGCUACUACAAGAGUUACGGCAACUUUAGAUUCUUCUGGAUAAACUAUGCUGGCCACAGCGUACCAAGAGACAAUCCUCAAGGCAGUAACGCGUUUUUGCGUGAUAUGACAGGUUUUGGCUAAUAUUUAGAUACUUUAUGGAAUAUGCGUAACUAUAGUGUCAGCAAUGCAAAGCCCAGUUGUCCCAUCGCAAAAUUGGGAUUUAGUUUAAGUGAAUGUACUUUUGUUAAUACAAUAAAACCC